CAAUAUUGUAUGAUGGACAUUGGAAUGACAACAAAAAAUUCGUGGGUUAUAGGUUGACAGCUAUGUUGGUUAAUGACAAUGCCACAUCUUUAGAUGCUUUACAACUAUUGUAUAAAGAGUUGCCUCUAAAGUUGGAUUGUCAUCGCCACUACAUUAAGAUUUUUGUUGAUAUGAACCUUGGAGAAUGGAAAUAAUAUUUUAGAGGUUUUGGGUGACAGUGGUAUGAGUUGGUACCUACAUAUGGCAAAAUCUGAUAAAGAAAUGAAAUACCCACUCAUUGUAAGUUUUGAGGAGCGUCCAAUGGUUGAACUAAUUCAAAAGUCCAUUGAGAAUAAUCGUUUGUUGUCGGAGUCUGUUACUGAUCACUCCUCUAUAAUGGAAUCAGAUUUGUCUUCAAAGUUUGUGCCAAACUUUGAAGUAGGUUCAUCGUCAAAUUCUCAUGGUGGGAGAAGUGGUAGUUCAACUGUUCUAAGUUCCAACAUGAACAAUUCUCCAACUUCAGAAAACGUAGACUCUAUAUUUGUAGAUCCCAUUGGAUUGGAAGAUCUGAAAGUCAAAUACUUAUUUGAAAUUAAAGAAAAGUUGAAGACUGCAUUAGGGUUGAUCUUAAUUAAGAUUUUUUUUGAAUUUGUGACUAUUAAGUCUAACCAAACUAGAUUGGUUGUCAGAUGUGUAGUUCCAAAUUGUGAAUGGUACAUGAGGGCUUCAAAGUAUGGAAAUAGAGAUUUUUUUAUGGUAAGGAAGUAUGUCAAUGAUCAUACUUGUCCAGUUGAUGUUGUGUUAAAUGAUCAUCGUCAAGCUACUAGCAAAUUAGUGAGUGAUUGUGUAACUAACUUGCUAAGAGAUGAUGCAACAACAUGUCCUAAACAGAUAGUAGCUCAUAUGUUGAGAGAAUAUGGGGUCCAUAUUAGUUACUUCAAAGCUCGUAUGGCAAAGGAAAAAGCAUUGGAGGCAUUACAAGGAUCUGCUAAUGAGUCAUAUGCUCUAUUGCAUCAUAUCUCCAUGCUCUAAAGUCUUCUAAUCCUGGUAUGUGGUUGUUUGGUUUGUAAUUUUUUGUUUUGUUGUUGUGUAUGUCUUUAUGGUGUAGUUUUUUUUUAUUGAUAUAUCUAUAUAUUUUUCUUUAAUAAAAUAUGUUUAUGAUGUACUCAGCACAUAUUUCAAUAAAUAACACAUAUUUCUAUAUAGUUUUUUCGUUAUUUAUUGUUUAUCAUGUUUAGU